CAAGACACGUAGUUAUAAAUUUGGAUCAUAAGUCGUCACGCGCAUAAGUGUGAUUUUUAAACGAAGUAAAUGUAUUAUUUAAAAAGCACGUUCGUCCACGAAUUGUUCAUAACGUUAAUUGUUAUUGUUUAAGAAGAUCGAACAUGAUUUUGAUAAAUUAUUUAUCUUUCGAUAAUGGACAUCGAGCGAUGUAACAUUUUAAUAAUUGAAUAACCGGCGUGUGUUUAUAUCCGCCGUAAAUUAAUAUUAUUAAAUGCGUGAUUGAAAAAAUUUCUGUUGUAUUUAAUGUAAUAUUUAAGUGUCCCUUAACAAUUAAGUAGAUUUAAUUUAAGUGACUCAAUUGCAGGUGAUGUCAACGUAUUUAUUCAAUGCUUUCUAUGUUUUCAAUGGUUGAAAAAAAAAAACCAUGAUCAACGGUAAGAGUUAACGUUGCAUAUUUCAUUGUAAUACUAGUUUCAAGGGUAUUCCAAGUUUCUAAAUUCCGUUCGUGUAACCUUGCAAAAUAGGAAGCACUUCAUUUAGCAGCAAUAUUAAAUUUCUAAAUAGAAAUUAUGGAGAUUUGCCCUCCCGACCCAGUUAAAGAAAGGCGUCCGGUGUCAAUUAUAGAAGCAAAGAAUAAAAUUCGACUGGAUCACGAUGAAUGCUGCAAUUGUUGUUGCUGCUGCAUACCACAACCCACUGCUUUCGAAUAUAUUCAACCGGAAAUACCGAAAUCCUUCCGACCAAUUCGAUAUUAUUGGAAAUCGGAUGUGCCAAUGGAGGAAGGCACAACUUAUCGAUAUUCCUAUUGGGACGGACCUCGUCCACUUGUUGAACCGAUAAAACCCAAAGAUUGUCUAACUGUUGGUGAUGGUUGUAUAACCGACGAAACGACUCAUAAACUGAGUUACUUGGGUAAUUGGUGCAUUAAAACGGAACCAUGUAUUACACCCUGCGAUAAGCAAUGGCUUGGCAGAGGUCCUAUGCAAGACGAAACUACUCAAAAACACGAUUAUACGUGGAAAUCGAUAAUACCACCUGAAGCUAUUAAAACAAGGAACAGUUUGUAUCUUCCUUGUGCUUCUCUUUCUGAUGACACGACUUAUCGAUUAAGUUAUUUCCCUUCUGGUUGUCGUCUUCCUACGCAGUCUUAUGCGCCUAAACAAGAAUAUAACAAACCAGAAGUACCGAUGGAUGGUUGCACGACAUAUAGAUUGAGCUAUUGGCCAAACGAACCACCAACGAAGGAAGAUCAACCUUGGCGAAAGAAGGAAGAAUAUCAUCGGCCAGUUGAUACUAUGGAAAAUUGUACAACAUAUAAACUGAGCUACUGGCCACAUUGUGAGAAACCUCGAUCACCUUUUAUGGUACAGGAUUCAGAAAAUAUACUCAAUGCAGAUUGUUGCUUCAACGAUGACACAAUUUAUCAACUGAGUUACUUCAAUUGUGGAGGUGAAAGAAGUGAUGCAGUAAAACCACAGGAGAACAUUUGUGUGUCGUCUUGUCCACUUUCUCAUGAUACAGUUCAUAAAUUGAGUUUCCUAGGGAAUUGGUGUGUUACACCCGAAAAAUCUAUAAUACCCUGUGAUAGACAAUUAUUAGGCAGAGGACCUAUGCAAGAUGAGACAACACAAAAACAUGAUUACACUUGGCGACAGUGUAUACCUCCGUCAGGAAUAAGACCAGAAGAUAAUCUUAUAUGUGCUCCACUUCCAUUGGAAUGUUGUACCACUCAUAGAUUGUCAUACAUACCAAACAAUUAUGCGUCAUUGUUACGAAAUAAUUCGUACACUUAUCAACGCUUAUACCAACGGCCAAGUUUGCCGAUGGAAUCAGAGACUACCAUGCGUUUGAGUUAUCAACCUGUUGAACCUGCGAUUCCAGUGUCUAAACCUUGGAGCAAAAUACCAUUGUAUCGUUCACCGAUUACUCCUUUAGAUGACAAUACAACGUAUAAUUUAAGCUACAUACCACCUGGAACUCUGGUGCCAUUGUCACCGUGUUGUGCACCUUGUUCUACGUCAAAUAAUUGUACCGUACCAUCAUGUCAACCGUGUCAACCGUGUCAAGUUUGUCCUGCGUCUUAGAUGAAUGUACCUUUAUCUUUUCUCGUGAAAUCGAUAGAAGAAGAUAAAAUGUCAACUUGUAUAACUGUCAGAGUAAUAAAGAAAAUAAAAACUUA